GUCGAGGGGCGGCCAUCUUGGGUCUGUGAGGCUCGGCGGUGCCGGCCAGCGGCGGCGGGGGCGAGCGAGCCGCGGAGUGGACGAGCCGCCGGGCGCCCGCGCCGCUUCCGCAGCCCGCUCCAUGGUGGGCGCGCGCAGCCCGCCGCGGCCAGUGUGCUCCCGCGCCUCGCGCUCCUCCUCCGCCGCCUCCUCAGGGGCCGCCGGCCGCGCUGCGCGGGGGCCCGGGCGUUGAGGUCCGCGGCGCGGCGGCCAGCGGGGUCGGGGCGCGCGGGGGUCGAGCAUGAGCCCCGCGCCCCGCCGGGGGACGGCCCGGGCCGGGGCCGGCAUCUAGACGCCGAGGGGGAGGGGAGCCGCCCAGUGCCCGCCGCCGGCUUUCGCGUGUGGGGCGCGCCGCGGAGCCAAGUAAGAUGUCCACGCGGACCCCGCUGCCCACGGUGAACGAGCGGGACACCGAGAACCACACAUCACAUGGAGAUGGGCGGCAAGAAGUUACCUCUCGAACUGGGCGCUCUGGGGCUCGAUGUAGAAACUCUAUAGCUUCCUGUGCAGAUGAACAGCCCCACAUCGGAAACUACAGACUGUUGAAAACAAUCGGCAAGGGGAAUUUUGCAAAAGUGAAAUUGGCACGACACAUUCUUACAGGCAGAGAGGUUGCAAUAAAAAUAAUUGACAAAACUCAGUUAAAUCCAACAAGUCUUCAAAAGCUCUUCAGAGAAGUGAGAAUAAUGAAGAUUUUAAACCAUCCAAACAUAGUGAAGUUAUUUGAAGUUAUUGAGACUGACAAAACACUCUACCUAAUCAUGGAGUAUGCAAGUGGAGGUGAAGUGUUUGACUAUUUGGUUGCACAUGGAAGAAUGAAGGAAAAAGAAGCAAGAGCUAAAUUUAGACAGAUAGUCUCUGCAGUUCAAUACUGCCACCAGAAGCGGAUUGUGCACAGAGACCUCAAGGCUGAAAAUCUAUUGUUAGAUGCUGAUAUGAACAUUAAAAUAGCUGACUUUGGUUUUAGCAAUGAAUUUACUGUUGGCAGUAAACUGGAUACGUUUUGUGGCAGUCCUCCAUAUGCAGCCCCAGAGCUAUUCCAGGGCAAGAAAUACGAUGGGCCAGAAGUGGACGUGUGGAGCCUUGGCGUUAUUCUUUACACACUUGUCAGCGGAUCACUCCCCUUUGAUGGACAGAACCUAAAAGAACUGAGAGAAAGAGUAUUAAGAGGGAAAUACAGAAUCCCUUUCUACAUGUCCACUGACUGUGAAAACCUUCUCAAACGUUUCCUGGUGCUAAAUCCAAUAAAACGAGGCACUCUAGAGCAAAUCAUGAAGGACAGGUGGAUAAAUGCAGGACAUGAAGAAGAUGAACUGAAACCAUUUGUUGAACCAGAAUUAGACAUCUCGGACCAGAAAAGAAUAGAUAUUAUGGUGGGAAUGGGCUAUUCACAAGAAGAAAUUCAAGAAUCCCUCAGUAAAAUGAAAUAUGAUGAAAUCACAGCUACGUACUUGUUGUUGGGGAGAAAAUCUUCAGAGCUGGAUGCUAGCGAUUCCAGUUCUAGCAGCAAUCUUUCACUUGCUAAGGUUAGGCCAAGCAGUGACCUCAACAACAGCACUGGCCAGUCUCCUCAUCACAAAGUACAAAGAAGUGUCUCCUCGAGCCAGAAGCAGAGGCGGUACAGUGACCACGCUGGACCAACUCUUCCUUCAGUUGUGGCAUAUCCGAAAAGAAGUCAGACCAGCACUGCUGAUAAUGACCUCAAAGAAGAUGGAAUUCCCUGCAGGAAAUCAGGGAGCAGUGCUGCUGGAGGAAAGGGAAUUGCUCCAGCCAGCCCUAUGCUUGGGAAUGCAAGUAACCCCAACAAGGCGGAUAUUCCUGAGCGCAAGAAAAGUUCCACUGCUCCCAGUAGCAAUACUGCUUCAGGUGGAAUGACAAGACGGAACACCUAUGUAUGCAGUGAAAGAACUACCGCUGACAGGCAUUCGGUGAUCCAGAACGGCAAAGAAAACAGCCUGACAGAAAUGUUCGCUUACGCAGCUAGCCCUGCCUCAGUUUGUUCCACAUCUUCCACCUGUCGGCUGAGACAUCAGAAGUCGAUGUCCAUGUCAGCCUCUGGGCACCCCAAGAUGAUGUUACCUCCAAUAGACAGUGAAGGAGAUAACUUCAAGGCUAUCGCGAUUCCUGAUCAGAGAACUCCUGUUGCUUCGACACACAGUAUUAGCAGUGCAGCGACCCCGGACCGAAGUCGCUUCCCAAGAGGCACUGUCAACCGCAGCACUUUCCACGGCCAGCCCCGGGAGCGGCGAACUGCCACAUACAAUGGCCCACCUGCCUCACCCAGCCUCUCCCACGAAGCCACACCCCUGUCACAGGCUAGAAGCCGAGGCUCCACUAAUCUUUUUAGUAAAUUGACUUCAAAACUCACGAGGAGAAACAUGUCAUUCAGGUUUAUCAAAAGGCUUCCAACUGAAUAUGAGAGGAACGGGAGAUAUGAGGGCUCAAGUCGCAACGUAUCUGCUGAGCAGAAGGAUGAGAACAAAGAAGCAAAACCUCGUUCCCUGCGCUUUACUUGGAGUAUGAAGACCACUAGUUCCAUGGAUCCCAGUGACAUGAUGCGGGAAAUCCGCAAAGUGCUGGACGCCAACAACUGUGACUACGAGCAGAGAGAGCGCUUCUUACUCUUCUGUGUCCAUGGCGAUGGGCACGCGGAGAACCUUGUGCAGUGGGAGAUGGAGGUGUGCAAGCUGCCAAGACUGUCUCUGAACGGGGUCCGGUUUAAGCGGAUAUCAGGGACGUCCAUAGCUUUCAAAAAUAUUGCUUCCAAAAUUGCAAAUGAGCUCAAACUGUAACCCAGUAAUUAUGGUGUAAAUUAAGUAGCAACUUAAAGUGUUUUCCUGAACACUGAUGGAAAUGUAUAGAGUAAUAUUUAGGCAAUAGCGUCUGCAUCUUCUAAAUCAUGAUAUUAAAAUACAAGGACGAGAGCAAUCCUGGGAGCGGAAGCUGGCGUUUUUUUAGCGAAUGCACUACAUUAAAGAUUGUGACUGUGUGCCCUCUGUCUGAUCCCCUGCCCCGGCGCCCAGCCGUGGGCCUCAUCUCCACCCCGUUCGCGUGGUGAGUGGCGUGUGUGCGCAAGCAGUUCCUGACACUGGCAGCACAGUGCUCCGAGGGCCUCUGUGGGAGGCAUUUGGUGCUAAAAUAUGAAAAUUGCCAAGGAGGAAAAUACUGAAUUACUACUAAGAAUUAACCAUAAGACUAGUUGAUAAUUAAUACAGGUUUACAGUUCGUG